AUGUCGUUUGCUAUCAUACCUAAAGAGUCUAUUAGGAUGAUGGGAGAAGCCAGUGGAUAUGCUGAUCUCUCAGAUGAUGUUUUGUCAUUGAUCAGUGAAGAUAUUAGCUAUAGAAUUAGAGAGGUCACUAUGAACAGUACUCAGUACAUGAAACAUGGUAAAAGAAGAAAAUUGAAUACUGAAGACUUUAAUAAAGCUUUGAGACAGAUGGAUGUUCAGCCAGUAUAUGGUCAUGGUUCUGGGGAAGUUUUAACAUUUAAACAAAAUAAAGAAGGAGAUAUUCACUUUGUAGAAGAUACUGAAGUUAAUUUCUGUGAUAUUGCUCUGGGAAAACAUAUUCCUAAAAAUAUAGGUGAAACCACAAUCAAAGGAAAAUGGUUUUGGUUUAUUUCAGGGAAAGGAAAGAAAGAAUUAUCAGAAGAUUUAUUAAGUUACUACAACAACAUCACAAAAUCAUUACUGGACAUAGACCCUCAAGUUCGUAUGAUGGCUUUAAAUGAUUUACGAGUGAAUCCUAAUAUUGUUCCAUUGUUGUCUUAUUUUGUUAAUUAUGUCUGUUAUGGGGUAAAAACAGUGAGCCAUGAUAUAUCCAAGUUAACGAUUUUAUUACAUGCUAUUACCUCAUUAAUCAAUAAUCCAAAUUUAGAUUUUUCUCCUCAACCUUACUUAAAUCUAAUGGUACAAGCUAUAAUGUAUAACCUCACAGAACCUGUAGCUACAUCGUUUAACAAUACCAACGAUCAUUGGUCUUUACGAGACUAUGCUGCUAGACUACUGGGUGAGAUUGUGAGAAAAUGGAGCAACCCAUUAAACCAUCUACUCUAUAAUACAGUUAAAGAAUUAAAAGAUGUCUUAUUUGAUUUAAACAAACCAUUCUGUUCACAUUACGGUGCUGUUAUGGGGUUGAUAGCAUUAGGAACAAAGACUGUAGAAGAAAUACUUUUACCAAAUUUACCGUCGUUCUGGUCUCAUUUGAACAUGGCAAUGGAAGACACAUCAAUACGCAACGCUCUAGUCAGAGCAGACGCUUAUAAAGUUUAUGGUGCUUUACUGGUAAGUCUUUAA